AUGCCGGGAAGCGGUGCACUGAGAGACCAUCAUCAGGGUGUGGCGAUACAAUUAAAGCUUCGCAUGAUUGGACGAGACUUGAGAAUACUGUCGGCCUUGGCCGUGAUGAGCAAGAAGACUUUGAGACAUGUCACUACUGGAUUGAAUCGGCCACUAGUUAUAAUUGCUCGUCUUUUGCAGUCUCCUGAAGGAACCGAAAUCGAAGUGAAAUUAGUGAAUUUCACAAAAGGCCUUUCUGUUGACGGAUGCAGUUAUGCAGGUGUAGAGAUCAAGACCAACAAGGACCAAACGCUCACUGGUUACAGGUGCCGCUCUCUUGUACCGAGUGGUUUCUGCAAGGGGACACUAUCAGAGGCCACCAAGAAGAAAGUGUGUCCGAAGUCAUGCGGUUUCUGUGAUUCUUUGCACUGA